AUGCGUAACACGGCACAAGUGUCCCCUCUGCAGAAGUCUGAGAUUGUGGACGUCGUGAAGAAGCGCGUGAAAGCCAUCACCCUGGCCAUCGGGGACGGCGCCAAUGACGUGGGAAUGAUCCAGACUGCCCACGUAGGGGUCGGCAUCAGUGGGAACGAGGGCAUGCAGGCUACCAACAAUUCAGAUUAUGCCAUCGCGCAGUUUUCCUACUUGGAGAAGCUGCUUUUGGUUCACGGAGCCUGGAGCUACAACCGGGUGACCAAGUGCAUUCUCUACUGUUUCUACAAGAACGUGGUCCUCUACAUCAUCGAGCUUUGGUUCGCCUUUGUUAAUGGAUUUUCUGGGCAGAUUCUAUUUGAGCGCUGGUGCAUCGGCCUGUACAACGUGAUCUUCACCGCGCUGCCGCCCUUCACUCUGGGAAUCUUCGAGAGGUCUUGUACUCAGGAGAGCAUGCUAAGGUUUCCACAGCUCUACAAAAUUACCCAGAAUGCAGAAGGCUUCAACACUAAGGUCUUCUGGGGCCAUUGCAUCAACGCCUUGGUUCACUCCCUCAUCCUCUUCUGGCUUCCCAUGAAAGCGCUGGAGCACGAUACUCCGCUAGCCAGUGGUCACGCCACCGACUAUUUGUUUGUCGGAAAUAUUGUUUACACGUACGUUGUGGUUACAGUUUGUCUGAAAGCUGGUUUGGAGACGACAGCUUGGACUAAAUUCAGUCACCUGGCAGUGUGGGGAAGCAUGCUGAUCUGGCUGGUGUUUUUUGGUGUCUAUUCAACCAUCUGGCCGACCAUCCCCAUCGCUCCUGACAUGAAAGGGCAGGCAACUAUGGUCCUGAGCUCUGCGUACUUCUGGUUGGGCUUGUUCCUGGUUCCGACUGCGUGUUUGAUCGAAGAUGUGGUCUGGAGAGCGGCCAAGCACACCUGCAAAAAGACGCUGUUGGAGGAGGUACAGGAGCUGGAGACCAAGUCCCGAGUAAUGGGGAAGGCGAUGCUGCGAGAUAGCAACGGGAAGAGGAUGAAUGAACGUGACCGUCUGAUCAAGAGGCUCAGCAGGAAGACACCCCCAACCCUCUUCCGAGCAGGCUCCAUCCAGCAGUGUGUCACCCAUGGGUAUGCCUUUUCUCAAGAAGAGCAUGGAGCUGUUACACAGGAAGAAAUAGUCCGUGCUUACGACACCACCAAAAAGAAGUCAAGGAAGAAAUAAGAGGCUUUUUUUUUUUUUUUUUUUUUGCUCCUGAUGGCUCCAAGGAAAGAGAUUCGGUUUGUUGCACGCAGUGUUAACACAGUUUUGUCAGAAAAGACUGGCGCCAGCAGCCCCAGCACCAGAAAACAUUUCUGUGGCCUUAGCCAACCAGUUUGUUAGCAGCUGUCUGUCCCCUUGCAGUCCCAGGGUAUAGGCAUGGGGAAGCCACUCUCCUCCCAGCUUGUCUGCAGCGCUUGGCCCAACUUCUGUUUACGUCGUUAUGAAACAUUCAGCUGGGCUCUGUGAGGUGUGAAAUUAAAAACUAUGUUUCACCAACACUUACACGCGGAUCCUGGUGGUUCUGGGAGAGAAGACAGGGCAUUACAUUACAAGAGACCAGUCCUGUGUAAUUGGAACAGGGUCCACUCACUUCCUGUUUGGUGGGCGCACAGAUCCUGCACGCCUCGCUUUCUGCAGAUUGCUCACUCACUUCGAUUCCUGGUUUGUUUGUCUGAAGUUGGCAUAAACUUCUUGAUUGCAGUGAAAUCAGAAAAACUUACGGUUGGAGGAUAAACCUGAGAACAUCUCUUUGGUUCUUUGAGCCACGGCCUCAGCAAGGCAACCAACCAGCGCCCCCAUGCCUUCUGCACCUCUUUUAGGUGCAGCCUUCGGUCUGACCAUUGCCACCCUGUGUUCCUGUCCUCAGACCUUCACAGCUGGCCCCUGGGUGUGCUGCCUCACAGCUGGUAGCCACACAUACAGUUUCUGUGUGUCUCUGCCCCUCUAUAUGUUCAGAUACGGAUGUCAGAAAU